UUGGUCUUCGUGUUUGUGUUCGUGUCGCUGCAAACAUCUUUUUAGUAUGAAGUUUUCGUCUAAGAAAAAAACAGCAAACAGCCACCGAAAAAAUUAUUAAACCUGUGAACAGUGCCUGUAGUUCGUAAAGAAAUUUAGUGAAAAAGUAAGUUCAUCAUCUGUUUAUGCUGUAGAUGUACUGAAGUGUGUGGAUUUUGUGCGAUAGCCGUUGAAAAUCUGAAUAUGGGGAAAAUGUGAGGUUAAAAGAGCUGCUGUUCCACCUAAGAAAAAAGAAACGACAAAACAUCACAGUUUUUCCGAUGCCCGAUGGUAUUAGCGCCCUAGAAACCAGCUCUCGAGUCGCCAAAUCUUUUCGAAAAUGUCGAGGUCACUGUCCAGCGGUAGAUGGAACAUUUUGUCGAAGUUUCCGAACAAUUUCUCGUUCUGUUUUGCGUACGGGUCCGGGGUAAAAAAGCAGCUUGGCUAUGCCGAUGGAAAUAGUGCCAAAAAGCCGAUGAUCGAUUUGGUAUUUUGUGUGAACGAUUCGUUCGAGUGGCAUCGCAAUAACAUGCAAAUUAACUCGUCACAUUAUUCGGCUGUCCGGAUGCUGGGCAGUUCUGCCGUUGCAAAAAUUCAAACACAAUUCGGAGCACGGGUGUAUUGUAACACGUUGAUAACAUUGGAUGACGGUUCUACUAUCAAAUAUGGCGUUGUGACUACAAAUGACCUGACGAGUGAUUUGAUCGAUUGGACACACCUGUAUCUGGCAGGACGUUUACAUAAGCCGAUUGAGGUGCUCUACCCGCCGGAACCGGACAUUCAGAAUGCGAUUGCAACCAAUUUUAGGAACGCUCUACAUGUCUCCCUAUGUUUGCUACCGGAGCGAUUCACUUACUUCGAUCUGUUCUACACAAUUGCAAAUCUUAGUUACGCUGGAGAUUUUCGAAUGAUUUUCGGUGAAAACAAGGACAAAGUGAGGAACAUCGUCGCGCCACAGUUAUCGGAUUUUCGUGACCUUUACGUACCAAUUCUGACCGGUCACUCUCGUUAUUUGAAUCUGCCAACGAAUGAAUCCGGUCAACUUGUUCAGGAUAAAUCCGAAACGACAACGCUAUACCAUUUGCAGCAUUUGCCAAAGACGUUACACAAGGAAAUAUUUCGUAGAAUGGCGACGGAUGAACGUUCCUUCGAACAUCUAUCUAAAGACCCGAAUUUGCCUCGAAUUGUUCAGAAGAGUGUCAACCAGAUCGUUUGGAAUAGCAGCGUGUCUCAAUCCUUAAAGAAUAUUCCAACAGCUGGCCUGUCCAAAUCGAUUCGAUACAGUUGGAAGAAAGUGCUGAAAACUGUGGGGCUGUGAUCCGAGAGAUGAUUUGUUAAAAUUGAAAUUAGAAUUGUUAUUAGUCUGAAUACAGAGCAUUAUCAGUAGUCGAA